GUCGAGGAUGCGGGGAGACCGGAGAGACCGUGGAGAGCCGAAGGUCUUGUUUGGGCGGUUGGUUUUGAAGAGCACCCAGUGGUGAUGAAGGUGCCAAGGGAGGGACAUGGUGUAUGGAAGAUAUAGACCUAUAAACCCAGUCCCUACCAGAAGCAGUGGUUGGAUGCCCAAUCCCAGCCACUUGCCACUUCUCUAAAGGAUCUCAAGCAAGCCAUGCUGGCGCCAUCGAUGGGUCAGAAACCCAUCCGUUUUCUGCUUGGGAACUGGGUCAACCCAGGGCUUGCGGCAAUUUGGUACGCUCCCGAGCUGAUUCUGCAUCUUCGGACGCCUUCGACCCGUCGGCCAUUCGGCCCUUCGGCCCUUCGGAACGGGUGGUGUGAGGUUCUUUCGACGUGUUCGAUGUCGCGGAAGCCUCCGUGGUCUCCGUGGUUUUUGGGUUCGAUGCCGGACGAUGCCUAUAGGUUAAGAAUGGUUAAGAGAUACAUGAUAGCACUGACUUGCCGGGCUCACUGACUUGCCGGGCUCAAGCACGCAGUGUAUCGGCUCACAACAGGCUCUUAGCAGCUUAGGCUCUUCAGAGAUGCUUUCGAUUGUAAGAUGGAUCUUGGAGAGCCAGGUGGUGGUGGUCAAGGAUCAUCGGGAUAUGCUUAAGAAGUGUGGCAAAGCAGGCAGUGUCACAGCACGCCUUGUGGCUGUGUGGGCACCUAUCAUGUGCUUUCCUCAGUGGGUGGGUGGCUUGCUCUUCGGCCUUCUUGGCUACAAAGCUGCCUGGGCAAUCUUCUCUGCGCGCAUGGGUGCAAUGUGCAUCGUUCGAAAGCUGGAUGAACAUAUCCCUUUUACGCGCGCCUUAGGCUUGUGCCACUUGCUCACUUUUGGACCCGUCUUGGCUUUCAUCAUGAACCGGGCUCCGGCUGUGCCUGUGUCAGACGCAACAAGUGUGGAUUCGUAUUUUUUGAACUUUCUGGCCUUUGAAAAGGGGGUCAUUGCCCUUUGCCUUUUCAUGGACGCUCGAGAUUUGAUCCUUCAUUGCCUUGGCUAUCCUUUUCCGUGCUACAUUCGUGAGGGGGUGCGGGCUGGCUUGAUCCCAAUUGCAGAUCCUCGAGCGAAGCACCCCGUGACCGUGUCGUCACGGCUCUUCGGACCAUAACUGAAUGCAACGUUUGAAUGAAGGAAUUGAGUCUUCAAACGUUUCACUGCUUGCCUUCUGAACAUGUGGGCAGAUUUGGAACAAGUACUGCUUGGAGCAUCAGAGCAGCAUGUGUUCUAAUUCUUGCAAUUCAUGUUGACCAUGCACUCUUUCAUUCAAUUUGUAACAUGAGAAGGGACUCAGGCGUUCUCAAUGAGUUUGGGUCAUGAAAUUCGGUGAGCCAUUGACCGAC